AUGGUCUACAUAUUGCUUCUAAAGACGGAUUAUAAAGCGCUAGGAUGUCAGAACAGCACAUCGUCAUCACAUUUCAAAUGUGCAGUUGGACAGUUUAAAUGUACAUCAGAGAAAUGCAUUCCAAUAGGAUGGAAAUGCGAUGGUGACAACGAUUGCCAAGACAAUUCAGAUGAAGCGGGAUGUGUUCCAUCAACUUGUCAUGCUGGUGCAGAAUUUCGCUGCCGAAACUCGAAAUGCGUCCCAAAGAAAUGGGUAUGUGAUGGAGAUAACGACUGUGGCGAUCGGUCUGAUGAGGCCGCUUGCAAUUCAACGACACCGCCAACGUGCGCAUCGAAUUACUUCCAAUGCAAUGACUCUCGAUGUUUGCCCGUGCGGUGGAAAUGUGACGGUCAACCUGACUGCAACGAUGGAAGUGAUGAAAAUAAUUGCGGAACAUCCAAAUGCGCAACAGAUGAGUUUCAAUGCAAGAAUGGCAACUGCAUUACGUCACGGUGGCGUUGUGACGGUGACAAUGACUGUGGAGAUAACAGUGACGAAAGUGGAGACUGUCGUCCUGCAACGUGUUCAAAAACGGCUUUUCGCUGCGGCAGUGGCCAGUGCAUUCCCUCAAGAUGGCGUUGCGAUGGGGACGCUGAUUGCCGCGACAAAUCUGAUGAAGCAAACUGCAAAAAUAUGACAACAAAAGCACCGACAACUUGCCCCCCAGAAUUCUGGAAAUGUGCCAAUUCUCACUGCAUUUUGAGCUCUUGGAAAUGCGAUGGUGAUAAAGACUGCCCAGACGGGUCAGAUGAGGACAGCUGUGACCGCGUCACCUGCCCAACAAGGAAGCUUGCGUGUGCCAGUGGAAGGCAGUGUUAUGAGAAGAGCCAAAGGUGCAAUUCUGUUCAAGAUUGCAAAGAUGGGUCAGACGAGAUUGGCUGUGCAACUGGUACGCUUAUCUGUACCAAAGAUCAUUUCAACUGCACAAAAACAAAAUGCAUUGAAAAUUCGAAGGUAUGCGACACAAAUCGAGAUUGUCCUGGUGGUGAAGACGAGCCAGCCAACUGCUUCAUCAAUGAGUGCUUGGACCAUAAUGGCCACUGUUCGCACAAAUGCACCGAUCUCAAAAUAGGCUACAAAUGCUCUUGUCUGCCUGGCUUUGCCCUUGGUUCCGAUGGUCAUAGCUGCAAUGAUUUGAAUGAAUGUUCAGAGUAUGGGAGUUGUCAUCAACUUUGCACAAAUGAGAAAGGAAGCUACAAAUGCUCAUGUGCAAAUGGCUAUCUCUUGGCAGGGGAUCGCAAAGCUUGCAAAUCCGGAGGCUCCUUCACUCCAAGAUUGAUCUUUGCAAACAGGUAUGAUAUCAAGAGCUAUACGCUCAACGGCUCCGACUACAGACUUGUCGCCGGUGGAAUGAAGGGCAUCGUAGGCCUAGAUUUUGAUGUCGCCAACAAUUAUGUUUACUGGACUGACGUUACUCAUGAAAUUCUACAGCGUGCUCGCAUAGAUAAAUAUAGUUCAAACGAACUGCUUUUACGUAAUUUACACACCCCAGAUGGUCUAACUGUUGACUGGAUUGGAAGGAAACUGUACUGGACCGACACUGGUCUCAAGAAAAUCGAAGUUGCUGAAAUGGACGGUACUAAGAACACGGAUUUAGUUGAAUUUAAUGCUACCGGACAGCCCCGAGCCAUAGCCUGUGACCCUAACGAAGGGUAUCUUUAUUGGACUGAUUGGGGAAGUCAAGCUGGAAUCGAGCGAAUUGGCAUGGACGGAGACAAUUCUACUCGACAGCAUCUUAUAUCAGACAACAUUGUUUGGCCAAACGGACUUACACUUGACUUUGCGCAGAACAAGAUGUAUUGGGUUGAUUCUAAAUUGAAAAGACUUGAAGUAGCAAACAUGGAUGGAAGCGGAAGAAAGCUAUUGGCCCAUAACACCUUGAACAAGCCCUUUGCACUCACCAAUUUUGAGGAUAACCUCUACUGGACGGAUUGGGAAACAAAGGGUAUUAGAACCAUGAAUAAGUUUAAAGAACCAUACGAAGUGAAAACCUUCAGCAUGAACCACAUGUCUCCCAUGGGCAUCAAAGUUCUGCAUCCCCUGAAACAGCCAGCAGGUAUCAACCCAUGUGGAAGUAACAAUGGUGGCUGCAGCCAUCUUUGUCUGAUUUCAAGAAACGAAGAAAGAUUCUCAUGCCAAUGCCCGCGAGGCAUGUACAUCCAGGCCGACGGUAAGAAAUGUGGAGGGACUCCUGUUACGCGGAAACCAAGACCAAGCCAGUAUCCAAUUUCCACUGGAAAAACCACACCUGUUCCUUCUCGGAAGACAGUAACUAGUGGCUUUACCCAAGGAACAGUUAAGCCUGUUGCAACAACAGAAAAUGACCAAGGGGGUAAAAAACAAAGCACUAAGAGUCAACAGACCACCCUAGUUCCUGAGGUCAGAAAUCCUGAAAAAUCAACAAAGCCUGAAGAUGGGACCGGUGCAUCUGUGGGGCUUGUGAUCGGCAUAACGCUUUCACUUUUGGUUAUUUGUCUUGGCAUUGGCACUGGAGUUUGGUACUACAGAACGAGGCAACAAGGACAGCAUAGUAUCAUGUAUUACAAGGACAUGUCAACUGCUCCACUGGAGGAAGACUUUGACGGUAGUAAUGACGAAGAAAAGACCAAGAUACCGAUGGAAUAUGAGGGUGUGUAGGGGCUUAACUUAGGUAGAAUCUAUCUCUUGCUUCUGGGUCGAGAAAAGGCAGGCUUAUCUUCUAGCAAAUUAGAUAAAAAUGUACAGAUGAUAUUUGUGAGACAACACAGCGAAGAACUCUGGAUGUGACUGUCUUUAUUUUUGAUCAUAGUUUGAUGAUAACGCGCUCAUUUUCUUGGUACUGCAAAACUUGUUGAACAAUGGCAGCAUGUUACCAAGAUUCCGCUUGUUUUAAAGUUAGGCCUUCUUCUCAUCCCAAUGGCGGGAGGAACUGCUUUCUAAUUAUUAGUAAUAUCACGUUUAUUGGAUUAUUGAACUCUCAUAAAUUAUUUGUCGUAUUAAAAUUAUCGUGGAUACAACAGCAUACAGAUGCUUAUUUAUACUGAUAAAAAUGUCGGAUAUUGCCUUACUUACUUGCGAUUUCAUGAUGACUUUUAACUGUUUUGCCUUUCGUAAAUUUAGUUAAAGAGAGGUAAUGACUGUUAAUGCCGAUUUGAUCGCUUACAAGUGGGAAGAAAAGAGUCAAUCAGCCAUUGAUUAUUUUGCACCAUAAAUUCAAACUUCUGUCUUAGUUAGUUCGUAACUUAAAUUAGCAGAAAAAGUUGUGUUUGAAACAAGCAAGGAGCAGUAUACAUGAUUUCUUUUGACUAUUGCAAACUGCAAACCAUUCCAGUGUUUUAGCCACAUUUCGCAUAACCCGUUUUUUCACCAUAAAAUCUAGCCUUUUAGAACCCCACUCCCUUUCCUAACACUAUAUCAAUGCAUAGUCUCAACUUCAUCAAAAGGAGGACAGAUUCUUGUUUCACAUAUUUCAUCAUUUUCUAUAGUUUUUCGCCCAAUUGGUGUUUGUUCUUUAUGAAUUUACGUAAACUUUUAUGUCGUAAACUCGCACACUUCUUGAUUAAUGAAGAUUUAGAGUCUAAACCAUUAGUGUAUUUUGGUAAUUAUCUUAGUAUUUCAAUUUUUCCAUUUUCAUUUCUACCAAACAUUACUUGAAUCAAACUAUAUCGUAGCUUAAUUAUAACGCUGCUUGAAUGCCAUCCAAAUCACAGGUCGUAUUUCUAAUUCCGGCCCACAUAAUCAAAGUCAUUUUUGCAAGAGGUUAAAUCUUAUACGAAAAUUGACAAAUAAAUUGCUUCCACCUUUGUUUCUUCACAACAAUUUUUGAAACAAAACUUUAGUGUCCAUCUCUUUACCGUUAACCUUAUAACUUGAAAGGAACUCCCAUGGCGAAAGGUGUGUACAUUUGUAGCGACUAGAAACAAGUAAAAAUACACAAUGACUUAACUUAACAACUCUGGAUUUUCAGCUCUUGAUUGAAGUCAAGCCAUUUUGCUUCAUGAAAACAUGACAAAAUGGAGAUUUUCAGUAUAAUCUAAAGCAGAUUAAUGUCUUUGUUAAGCAAAUUGAAAUCUGUACAUAGUUUAUCGUAUUAUAUUCUUUGCAUUUCAUAGGUUAAAAGUAGCACAAGGUUUGCUUAAUUUGAGUGUUUAAUGUUGUUUGUAUCACCUUUAUUUAACUUAGGCUGUGUUAGGUGUGUUAAUUUUUGACUUCUCGCGUAUUUAUUCAGAAAAAAGUUGAUAGAAAUUGCAGA